CUGCCACAGGUGAAAGUUGGGAUUCAAACACUGUUAUAAAUUGGUUUUAUUUCAGAGCUAAUUGUUAAAUGAACUUUCACAGUGAAGUUGGUAAGUUUGGACAAUUUGCCACACUUAUUUUUCCUGUAUUAAUGCAUUUACUCCAAAAAAGACUAUAUUGUGUAGAAUCGUUUUAAGAAAAAAACAUUACUGCCUGUUUGAUCAACAUUUGAGUUUAUAUUGACUGUACAACCAAUCUGCAGAGGAAGAACUUAAAUCACAAUGUAACCAAUAUGUAAAGUAAUUAUUACAACUGUUUUAUUCCUGUGCAAAAGAAGGAUCAUGAUGAACUCUACACGUGUUUCAUAUUUCACCCUCAGUGCCUACUUUGACACUGGGGCUUUCAAAUACUUAUAUUUCAUUAUCAUCAUGUCUUUAUACAUGUUUAUAGUUUGUGCCAAUGUUUCUCUGAUUGUGAUUAUCUGUAUGAACAGAAGUUUACAUGAACCUAUGUACCUGUUUCUGUGCAGCCUGUUUGUAAAUGAACUGUAUGGUAGUACAGGGUUGUUUCCAUUCCUUCUGCUUCAGAUCCUCUCUGACAUUCACACUGUUUCUGUUCCUUUUUGUUUCCUGCAGAUUUAUUGUAUUUAUACAUAUGCAAGUAUACAGUUCAGUAAUUUAUCCAUUAUGUCUUAUGACAGGUACCGCGCCAUCUGUUGUCCUCUACAGUACAACACAUGUAUGUCAUUUAACAAGGUCGCCAUUCUUAUUGCUGUGUCAUGGUUAUACCCACUUAUUGCAAUUUUUAUUUUGAUAUCUCUGAGCGCACCUUUACAGCUGUGUGGGAACAUUAUUAACAAAGUGUACUGUGACAACUACUCUAUUGUCAAACUGGCCUGCUCUGACACCACAGUCAAUAAUGUUUAUGGAAUACUUUACACUUUUACAACAGUUAUUCUUGUACUUUUAAUCCUUUACACUUACCUGAAGAUUCUUAAAGUCUGUUUCUCUGGUUCUAAACAGACCAGACAAAAAGCUGUCAGUACCUGCACACCUCACCUGGCUUCUAUCUUGAAUUUCUCUUGUGGUUGUUUCUUUGAAAUUGUACAGAAUAGAUUCGAUAUGAAAAAUGUACCUAAUAUGUUGCGUAUUUUUUUAUCAUUAUAUUGGCUUACAUGUCAGCCACUCUUUAAUCCAGUAAUGUAUGGACUGAAUAUAACCAAAAUCCGCACUACGUGUAAAAGUGUCAUCUUUGGUAAAAUAUUUACAGUUACACUGCCUGAAACUGACUUUUGACGCUUAAUAUUAAGUUCAUAUUUUAUGUUUAUCCUUUAUUUACUUAAUACUGUCAGUUAGUUUUUUCUAUAUUAAUUGUCCUAUCGAUCCAGUUGUUAUCUCCUGAGGCUUAUUCUGUUUUUCCUGCCUGUAGGAUAGAGGGUGUCACAUGUUGUGCAGUUUGAACAGAUCAAACAUGUUGUGUGUGCUAUAUAAUAAUAAAUGUCAAGUAAAUUUGCUCAGUUUCAAUAAAAUGAGAAUAUCUUGAUACUACUCUUAUAGCAGGUUUCAGGUCUAUGUGUCAACACAUCUGCUACCUGAAUGGAUCUGAACAGACCUGCAUGUGUCCUGUACACAUGCAGGUCUGUUCAGUUCAGGAUUAGUGUUUGAUUUGAUGAUAUCAUGGAUCUUCUGUUCAUCAGUUCACCUGAUUGCCUUUGCACUAUCCGCUAAGUGUAAUUGUAUUUUGAGUGCAAUUAAUUAGCCAAAACACACAGAAAACAAAGAUAAAAUGAAUUUGCAUGAUUAUUCUUGUCAUUAAUUUUUAUGUUAUAAUCAUUAUUAUUCAUUUUUUUUAUUGCUAUGGCAAAAAUAUUGUUACCCCUAAUUCUUUUGCCCACAAUAAACGUGUAGUGAAAAUCUGAUACCAUGACAAUGCUAAUAUGUGCACAUGGUGAACUCUACACAAACAUGUAUGAAAAUAAUGUUGACCUCUUUCUCUAUAUAAGCAAUUGUACAGUCAAAAAGUGCUUAUUUAAAUGGUAGUAUGCACACUGCCUGUGUACACUCUCUGGUACCUACACAUGUAUACACAUGCUUUGACCAUGUUAUCACAGUUUGACUGGGCUGUGCCCAGCUAAAGAAGACCAACCCUACAUGAGGACAACGACUGUGUCCCCACAGCAGACGUAUGUCAACACACUCAUUUCCUCUGUGGGACAUGUCAAAGUCCAGAGGAAGAAGCAGAUGACAAAAGACAAAAGGACAUCUCCCUCCCCUUGAGCAACGAAACCCAGACACAUAAGAAAGGAUUAUCAGGAUGUAUCACUAUGCUGGAGUAGCUGACUGCACAGACUCAAGAACAAUGAUGGGACAUUGCUGAUCCCCACAAGUAUGGAACAUAGAUGCUGUUCCAACAUCUGGUCUCUUUAAAGUAUAACACCAAACAGGUGGCAGCAGACUAAUGUGACAAAUAAAAUGUUCAUACAUUCACUUAUUCCGGCCUCUCAUUUGUCACACGUUGUAUAUGGACUUGGUUCACAAUACUUGUAAUCAGUAGUUGUCUAAAGCUUUUUUGGUUCGUCACUUUUCUCCUUCUCAGUUAGAUGAGUGGGUGUCCCACGAGUUAAAAAGAGUUCCAGUUCAGUUGGGA